GGGGACGGCGAUGGCGGCGGGGCUGCUGGGGGGGCGCGGGCGGGCGCUCUUCCUGCUGCAGCUGCUGGGGGGCUGCGGGCCCGGCCAGGGGUCGCGGCUGGCGAGAGCCUCUUCCUCGCGGGGCGGUGGCGGGGAGGUGGAGGAGGCGCAGCGGGCGGAGGAGCGGCCCGGCCCCACCGUCUUCAGCAGGAUCCUCGACGGCUCCCUGCCGGCCGACGUCCUUUACCAGGAUGACCAGUGCAUGGCCUUCCGCGACGUGGCCCCCAAGGCGCCCGUGCACUUCCUGGUGAUCCCCCGCCGGCCCAUUCCCCGCCUCAGCCGCGUGGCCCAGAGUGAUGCCCAGCUCCUGGGGCACCUGUUGGUGGUCGCCAGCCAGACGGCAAAGGCCCAAGGCCUCGCAGACGGAUACCGCGUUGUGAUCAACGACGGGAAGCAGGGGGCCCAGUCCGUCUACCACCUGCACCUCCAUGUCCUGGGGGGCCGUCAGCUGGGCUGGCCGCCUGGCUGAACUACUGGCUCGCUUGGGAAGACCAUCUGUGCAAUAAAGAUGUGCUCUGCUGAGAUCGA